GUAUAAAGAUGAGGUAUCUGAUGUUUUUCCUAAUCCACUCCAUAGUUUUUUGAAUGUAAACAUUUAUUUUGAAAUUGAUGCAUGCAACACAUUCCAAAAAAAGUUGGGACAGGGGUAAUUUAGGACUAAUAGUGAUGUGACAAAUUGAAAUAGGAAUGUGAUGUGAAACAGGUGAGGUAAUCGUCUAACCAUAGUAUAUAAGGAACCUCCAAAAAAAGCCUAGUCCUUCAAGAGCAAGGAUGGGUCGAGGUUCAUCAGCGAAUAAUCCAACACUAUGAGAACAUCAUUCCCCAAAGACAAAAUCUUUCAUUUAGAUUUGCACAAAUACACGUUUCAGUAUAUUUCAUUGCAACAAAAAACUAUACAUACAUAAUAGAGUGAAAAAAUGAUCGCAAGUGAAAAUAUAUUUCUUAUUAUGAUAUUAUUGUGCUUCAGAUUCAAACAGAUUCAAAGCAUGUGAAAAUACUUUGCUCUCAGUAACAUUUAUUACUCACCCCAAACAUCACGUGUGUAGUCAUGUCAUAGCGGAACAUCAGAAACAUUAUCAUUAAUUAAAAAAACACUUUUCUGAAAAGAUGUUAUGUAGUUUAGGAAAAUUCAUGAAAUAUCAGGAGGGAAACAAACAAUGCAUAUCUUAAAACAGAACAUAAGGGUUAAAAGGAUUGUGAGGUUAGAUUUGGAUCAAACUAACAUUUUCAGCCAGAUGAGGAACAAGAAUUGACCUCAAUAAAGUUCAUAUUUAUAUAAAGAUUGCAUAUAAUAAAGGCUCAGCAUUUGAAAUUCAAAAGCAAAACAAUUUAACACAUUACAACAGGAGGAAAAAAGUUCUAUAAUUUUUUUUAUUUCUGAUGUCGUGAUUCCCAGACAGAGGAUGUUUGUUGCUUUCUUUGUUGUAACACACCUGAUUACAUUUAUCAGCUGUAUCAGAGCAAGAAAACAGAACCUGCAGCAUGAGGAGAGCAACAGAAACAGAGACACCUGCAACACACAGUACAGAAUGGCUUAUCAAUAUCACCUCCUUCCUGUUUUAUUAUUCUUUUAUUAUGUGAUAUUGUGGUGUUACCACAUAGUACAUGAAGUUAUUUCAUAUAUAACGUUAUGUAAAAUUACAGUAAAUACACUUUGUAACAACAUGCAGGAAAUUGGCACAUGUAGACUGAUAUUCACAGUCUUUGGAGUAACUGCAUCUCAUUUCGCUGCAUUUUGUACCUGUGACAAAUAAACCCUGAAACUUGAAAAAAUGGUUAAAACACCAUGCAGUGAGGUGAAGUGAGACACUGUUUGGGAAUGUAAGGACAGUUCUUCUGCAACAUUCUCCUAAAGAUAUAUAUUUUUUUUAUUUAUUUAAUUUUUUUUUAAGUAUUUUUGUCAUAGAACAUUAUGAUGUCGCAGACAUUCCGGGGUUGCUAGACAACACAUUGUUGAGAUCAGUUACAGGCAGAAGAACGCAUGCUGUAAAGGACACUUGUUUUACAGACAUAUAAAACAACACUGAUUUUUGCUGAAACUGGAAGUGAUGGAUUACAAUUGUCUAGUAUCCAGCCAACUCUUUGCUAGGAGGGAAAGCCAGGAGAAUCCUCUGAAGAGAAAAAGGAUGGAUCUUGCUCCUGAACAACCUGAGCUCCAGCCCAAGGAGAAACAGCUUAAAAAGAAGAGAAGAGAGACAGAAGAGAAGGAUGUGAAGACUGAAAAGACAGAAACCUGUGUAGAGGCAUCCUGCUCUGUCACCAGAAGUGUAAGCAAAGAGAGUCCUUUGAAGAGGAAAUGGAUGGAUGCUCCUCCUGAAAGACCCGAACCCCAGCCUGAGGCGCAGAAAAGGGUGGAAAAGAGGAAGAGAACAGAGACAGCAGAGAACGAUGUGAAGACAGGAAAGACAGAAAAGUUUUUCAGUCGCUUCACUGUUGGAAAGUUGCUGGGAAAAGGAAGCUUCGGUUUCGUGUAUGCAGGUGUCCAAAAAUCAGAUGGGAAAAAGGUGGCCCUGAAAUUCAUGAAGAGGUGUGAAAUUUACCCAUACAUCACCCUUCCUGGCGACACACGCAGACUCCCUCUUGAGGUGGCAUUAAUGGAGCUCGUGUGCAAGCCGCCUCACUGUCCACAUGUGAUAGAGCUGCUGGAAUGUUUUGAGACGCCCAAAUUCUUCAUCCUGGUUCUGGAGAGGCCCGACCCUUGCGUUGAUCUCUUCGAAUACUGUGAAGAUGUGGGCAUGUCUGAAUCUAAGGCUCAAACUAUCAUGAAGCAAGUACUUCUUGCUGCACUUCACUGCCGUGACCGGGGUGUGUUCCAUCGGGACAUCAAGGACGAAAACGUUCUCCUGAACCCUCAGACCCUUGAAGUGAAGCUGAUUGAUUUUGGCUGUGGUGAUCUGCUGAAGGACACCCCUUACACAGAAUAUUCAGGCACCUGGACUUUCCAGCCACCUGAAUGGAUCACUGAAGGAGAGUACGAGGCAGAACCUACCACCGUCUGGGGUCUUGGCAUAUUCCUUUACCAACUGCUAUGUCAAGAAGAGUUAUUUUGUUCAGACCAAGAGAUUGUUGAAGGCCACAUGGACUUGCCUGAUUAUCUGUCUGAAGAUUCUUGCAGUCUGAUAAGGUGGUGCUUGCAACGAGACCCUAAAAGACGACCAACCCUCGAGCAGAUCCUUACACAUCACUGGUUCUGAGGCCAGACUUCUACAGAAUCUCCGCAAUACCUUUGUAUGUGUGUGUACAAAAACAUUUGUAAUUGUUAUUUGAAGCAAUGUUGACAGUGAAGAGUGUCACACUAAUUGGAAGCUGCUCAGUAAUGUGCAGUAUAUUUCCUGUUUAUACUUUGUCAAUAAAUAUUUUUGAAAUUACAAAAACAGCCUGUCUGUACAUGUUUUUUAAAACAGUAACAUCACAAUUGUGAUAGUGUCUUGUAUAGAGAUGUGGCCAUUAAAAAUGUGCUAGAAGAAAAGGGAUCCUACGAUUUAAUGCGGUAUCAUGCAGAAUCACGCGCUUGCUGCAGGCACAGGAAAUACAAGACCAGUAGGGGGCAGUCAUUUUUCAUUUGAACAAACAGCUUGUUUGUAGAUACAGUAGUUCUGCCUGGACAUAUAUUGUAUACGCACACAUUCUUUUACCAUCCAAACUGUGCUGUUUCUUGUACUGAAGCCUAUGAUCUGCUUGUGCUUGGCCUGCAGUUCUGUGAACCUCUCUCAGAACCGUUUUGCAACAAGCAGCAGGUUGCCAAUCCAUUGCAGGGCAUAAUUUAUUGAAUUUCCAAUAUGAUUUAAUACAAUACUGCACUUAGCAAGUCUAGGAGCUAUAAGAGUUCUGAAUAACAUCUAAAAAAUUAAACAGUGAUUUUUAUACAUGUAUGUGAGGUUUGACUAAGGUUUCUCUGCAGAUCAUUUCCUGAUUUGGGCUUCCAGUUUUUAACUGGAAGUCACGAGGUUCUAUAGAAAAGUAAAGAUGACCCUAGUCCCUUAAUCCCUCCAACAAAUCUCUGUGCACCAAUUUAUUCCAAAUAUAACACCUAUUUCCAUUUUCCAAUAUUGAACAGUGUGUGAAGAGUUUGGAUGUGUCCAGGCUCAUGCUGAGUAGAUGCUACAGACUGAUCAUGAGUACAAAUCUUUGACCAGGGCAAGCUAAACUAAAUCACGGUAAUAUAUAAAUUUGGGUCAUUUUUACUACUUUACUGGAAUUUCUAGAUUUAGACUGACGGGAGAAAAAAUUCUAGCCGGUUAUAAAAGCAAACAACGUAUAGAUAAAUUAUUAUCAUACAUUUUUGCUUUUAUCAUUGUUAAUAUAUUAACAUCUGUGAAAGCUAAAACACUAAAUGUCUUCAUUUCAUACUAAGGUAAUGUAAGCAUUUAAUUAUUACUGUAAAUUCAACAAAAUAGCAUUUUUCGUAAUGUAAAGUGAAAAAAAACCCUGCUCCAAACUACAUAUUAUUGAAAUAAAUGGUAUGUUUCGUACAUUGAAAUAGUACAGUACCACUUACGGUAUGUUAGAUAUAAG